UCCCUCGACCUGCAGGCGGGGCUCCAUCUGGGCGGAAACUUCUUCCAUGUUAUAGCUUUUAAGAGCAUUUGAUUGGCUAGGGGCUGUAUAACUCAGAUUUACUGACCAAUCAGAGAACAGCAGGAGGACAACACUUCUUACAGUAGAGGUGAGUGAUACUGGGAGUUUUGCUAUAAUCCAAUACAAAGUAAAUACAAAGCUAGUAUCGCUGAUACUGAUACUUCACUUAAAUGUCAUGAUCUUUGAAUAAUUUUAUGAUUUUCUCUUUGGUUAGUUGAUUAUUAAUAUUAUUACGAUAAAACAAAGGACAAAGAUUCCAGGCCAAUAAACAUGCUUUUAUUAUCUAAAUACAUCAAAAUAAAAGAAACAGUAAAUAAAUACUAAAAUAAUUACCUUAUCCAUGAAUCUUUGUGAAUUAUCUAGGUGAAAUAAAAUGAUUAUGAUAAUUCUGUAACUGUAAUCACCAUGUAGCCUAAAAGUUUUUACUGUUUUUCCAUUCAACAGUUAAAGGGUUAUUAUAUUCAGCCAUAUUCAUAUUUCAGGGGUUAAGGUGUAUAUGGGUGAUUAUUUUUUUGCAGCAACAUUUUGUGUCUGCAUAUUUCACUUAUGCAGAUUUUUUAUUGAAUGUGCUGACUAUUCACAACAAAGUACUGUGAUUAUGCACUUAAGUGUUCUCAAUUACUUGAACAUGAAUAAAAUGCAUUUAUAAUGUUUAUUUGUAUUUUACACACCUUUUUGGUGACACACGCUCAAUUUUAUCGUGUCCGCAGUGCAAAGUAGUAAACCUUCUCAGUAAAUGUAGGCCAUAUGAUUCCAAAACUUUUAUCUUUUUUUAAAUAACUUGAUAAACUAGACUCAACUUUAUCUCAUUAUGCAAUUUAAUUUGGUGGAACUUUUUUUCCUGUUUGCUAUUUUAUCCAUUUUCUAUACGUCCCAGUAGUAAUUUUCCACCCUGUUAGACUGUGUGCAAUUGUCUUCAAAAAAGAACCACAAUUCCAGAAAAGCCAUUUACAGGAAGUGACAUCAUUUGAUUUUGGAGGGAUUCAACUGUGGAACAGGAGGUAAGCCUCAAUUGUGAUUUUCUCCCUACUUGUUUUAAUCUUAAACAUGUUACACCUGUAUGAGUCAACCUUAAAAUUCUACACUGUUAUGUCAAAUUAUGGGUUAUGUUUAUUCACUUGAAAAAAAAUAAAAACAUAUUAGAAUAAAUUAUUAAAGGUGUGUUAUUCUGUUGAAGGUUAGCUAGCUAAAUGUUGAUCAGUUUAAUAGCUUCAGCUAGAUUAGCUAAAAAACUUCCACCCUGUUAAGUCUGUGAACCCAACAGGGUGGAACGGGGACUUAACAGGAGGGAAAUAUGAGUAAAGAGUAAUAAUUUGAAUUAUUAUAAUACUUUUUUUUAAGUACAGAUGUGUAUCUAUGUAUUUUAACAGUGUAAUACAAUAGAAUACAUUAUGGAAAAAAAAAAGAUUUGUUGAAAAAAAAUGAUGAAAUUAUACACAUUUGUUAGGAAAUGGUACCAGCACUUAGUGCAGCAGAGCUACAGCGUCGGUACAGGGCAAAGCGUGAUGCAGACCCAGAGAGGAGAGGCAGGUACCUGCAAAAAAAAAACGAGAAAAAUGGCAGCAGGACAGAGAGACAGGAAAAAAGAACAUAAUUUCAGACCUUACUGAGCGAGAAAAGCGUAAACAAAGUUCAGCAAAGGAGAAGUUGGUAACCUUCUUCUUAAGAGAUGAUUUCAGCCGAGUGACAACUGGUAAGAAAGACAGUCACUAAAAAGAAGCAGAAAAGGCUGCUAUUGGAUACUUGCAAAAACCUCUACAGAAGGUUUUGAUCUGAAAAUAUUGACCAGGUGUCCUUUUCCUUUUUCUGCAAGUCAAGGCCAUUUUGGGUUGUACGACCCAAUGAGAGUGAUAGAAAGACAUGUCUCUGCAAAAUCCACGAGAACACUGAGUUCUUGGCCAGCACCCUCUACAAGUGCUUUUAUCAACCAAAAACCUUUAACAGUUGACUGAUGCGAUAGUGUGCAACUUGGACUCAAAAGCUUGCGCGUAUGGAGAAUGUGACGCUUGCAGCACCACAACUGUACCUACACUUAGACAUGCCUCCAACAACAUGAUUACCUUCUUCCAGUGGACCACAGAGACCUCCUCCUCAGGUGAGGAGAAAAAAUCCAUCAUAACGGUCAAAAAAGAACUCACUAAGAGUAAAGAUGAAGUUGUUGAGGAAUUCCAGGAACGCAUGGUGAAGUUCCGGAAACAUCUCUUUAACAUUCGCUGGCAAUACAAGGCCUAUAGGAAGCUUAGAGAAAGUCUCCAGAGUCAUGAAUGUUUAAUUCAUGUGGAUUUUAGUGAGAACUACAUCUGUAAAUAUGCCAACGAGGUACAGUCUGUGCAUUUUGGGGGGUCGCAUCAACAAGCGACUCUACACACAGGUGUAUUAUACACAGCAAUACAGGAGGCUCCCCUUACCUUCUGUUCAAUAUCACCAUCGCGAAGACAUGACCCUCCGGCAAUCUGGGCUCACCUAGAUCCAGUCUUGGAUAUGAUUCAAGAUAGAUUUUCUAUUGUCAGCCGGCUCCACUUCUUCAGUGAUGGGCCUGCCACUCAAUAUCGGCAGAAGGGUAACUUUUUCCUUCUUUCAUCUGAACCACUCAGAAGAGGCUUUGAUGUGACCUGGAAUUUUUUCGAGGCCAAUCAUGGCAAAGGGGCCCCAGAUGGUGUUGGAGGUACCCUUAAACGCUCAGCCGACAGGCUUGUUUUCAUCGGGGAGGACAUCCCUAAUGCAGAGAUGCUGUUCCUCAAGCUGAAGGAGCAGGAAUCAGUUGUGGAGCUCUUCUUUGUAAGUGAGGAAAGUGUGGAAGCAAAAGUGAAUGAAAUGCUGCAGGUUCCCCCAUUGAAUGUGGUGAAGGGAACAAUGAGGAUCCACCAGGUGAUCAGUAGCUGUAAAGGCAAAAUCCACUACAGGGACAUCACCUGUGUGUGCCAGAGAGAGGAAGGGCUGAUUAACUGCCCAUGUUUCGAUGUAAAAGAGGCAAUCUUGCAACCUGAUCAGGAAACGAGCCAUAACGGCAUGGCAGCCAGAAGUCAUCACAGGUGACCAUGUUGAUCGAUGGUGUGUGGUCAAAUAUGACCAUGACUAUUAUCCUGGCAUCAUCACCAAAGUGGAAGAUGGGAACAUUGAAGUGAACUGUCUCCAUAAAAAAGGAAUCAACGAAUACUACUGGCCCAGCCCAAGGAAAGACAUCAGUUGGUAUCAGUUGCAACUCUAUGCGUUACAUUAACGCUCAGCUUGGACUCCUGCUUUACUUGCACAGCCAUACUUGCACACUGAUCACCUGCACUGUUGUACUGCUCUAUAUUUACUCUCACUCACUUACAACU